AUGACCUCCAGGCAACUUGAUAUCUUCUGGACCUAUCGAGAUGCAUAUAACGACGACCCCGCCGAAAAAUCUAGCUGCCCGCGUCUUUCCUUCUCCCGUUAUGCCCAAAUCUUCCUCCUCGGCGCUCUAAAGGGAGGAGGAGGGAAAGAGGGAGGAGGAGGGAAAGACUCCUAUCCACUCCCCGCACCAUUUAGGUCGGUGCCCGCACCUCUCAGUCCGAAGUUAUGCCGGAAUUUACCUCCCCGCACGCUGUAUAGGGAGGAGGGGGGGCAGGGAUACAUACCCACUCCCCGCACCACUCAAUUUGCUACCCGGAGCUCUCUGUCCAAAGAUAUGUUCGAAAUUCCCCCCUGGGCGCUGUAUAGGGAGGAGGGGGGGCAGGGAUCCAUACCUACUCCCCGCACCAGUUAGGUAGCUGCCCGGAGCUCUGGGUCCUACAUAAUGCCUCAAUCUUCAUGCUCGGGGGGUUAGCGUUAGGUUAGUUAGGCUUAGGAUCAGCAAUACCAUCCAAUACCACUUUAUUAUAUCAACAUAUUGUACUAGCAACUCUUACAUUCUCCCCGCACCCGUUAGUUAGUUGGUUGGACCUAUGUGUCCAGGGUUAUUCACCAAUCUUCCUCCUC